AUGGAGAAACGUCUUAGACCUUCUGCGCCUAGUUUUCAACCUCACGCCGAUAAUUGCGAGGUGACCCGUACUCAACUCACUUCUGCUCAACUCGACGAUGGCAGUGAGGGCGAGGAGUUGCACGAAAGUAUGCUGGGACUCGAAGAGCGGAUCGUUGGGCGAGAAAGACAGCAAAGAACCGUCACUCAUCAGAGUAGGGCGGUCUCCGAUGCCAGAGUUCGCCCCGUGGUGCCAGUGCCGCCUGCCAUACCCACGCAACAUCCAGCACCAAACGUUGUGGCUACUCCCUUUCAGGCUCCCCGUUCGGGGCUCUUCCAACAUGGACAGUCUGGGAUUUCGCCAUCUUCGAGCAACCAGCAGCACCAAACCCUGCCCUUUAACCCUCUAAACAGAAGUUCAGGAUCGAUCCGUAUCGGUGCCGCACAUGGGAAAGCUCCGCAGGAAUUGGGUCCUUUUGCACCUGAAACUUUUCCCGAGCAUCUUUCUAUUACGGACUCUCGUGUCAAGUGCAAGUGCCCACAUUUGUGUGAGGUUUUCGAUGCCGGCGCUACCGUCUCAAAUAUUUCGGCUCGACUCGUUGAUUUGUACCGCCGAGUCGGAGUAUGGGCCUCUGUCCACGCCAACGUCCCAUUGCAUCGAUGGAACAGCAAUCUAGGGCCACAAGCAGAGGAGUAUCUCAAGGGUCUGGCAGACCCAUCCCAGCUGCCCGCCCUUCUCAGCUUCCCCACAACUAGGCACUUUCUCGUGGCCAAGGCGAUCAAUUACUACCUCGUACGCAAUAUUCUCAAGGUCAACAUCGCAGGAGCCUUCAGCACUGUUGCCUCUCAGGAGAUCAGUGAGAUUCAGACACAACUAGCAGCCGGUAAGCCAAGUGAAGCGGAGCAAGCUCAUCCAUGGGGCGGUCUUAUAAUUUGUCAUUCAAUAGUUGAACUCUCGGUGCUUGUGCGUCAAAUCGCCGUUUCGGCAAUAAUAUCUCGCACCAAACGCGUCCUGGAGCUUCCGGGCUUUGCCGCCUUCAUCCAGGGCAACUACAACACGCACGUGGCCAACCUAUGGCAAUCCGUCAGGCCUCUAUCGUCGGACCCCCGCGGGUCCUAUCAACAGGCGCGGCAGGAACUGACGAACGUUGUCUGCGAAGCGCAGCUGCUCGCCAGGGAUAUGUACCUAGCGCCGUUCCAGUAUGAAUUUGACUUUCCGGUGUUGGACGAGCGCUUCGAUCCGACCACCAUGGUGAAUCACGACCCAAAUCUCAAAGGGGAUCCUCAGGUGCUGAAGCUCAACGACUACCGCGUGAAGUUGAGCGUGACUCCGAUUACCAGGAUCCGCAACGUUUCGGUCACGCCUGCCGAAGACACGUUAGUUCAUUGGGCUCAAGUGUUGUUGAAGCCUGCGCCGUACAUUGGAUGA